AUGGUUCGCCACAAGAAGGAUCUCGCCGCCCGAGCCAGAAAAGGCGGCGGCUGUGGCCGUGGUGGUCACGGAGCCGGUGGCUCAAGGCAGCCUCCCCAUCAAGACGGUGGUGACGACCAAGACCAGCAACCAGCACGACCAGCCUUCAACGCGGCGUGUUGGGACCUGGGCCACUGCGACCCCAAGCGAUGCUCAGGAAAGAAACUCAUCAAGUCGGGAAUGAUGCGCCCUCUGCACAUGGGCCAAAGACACAACGGAGUCAUCAUCACCCCCAACGGCCGGCAGGUCGUAUCCCCCGCCGACGGAGAACUCAUGGAUCGCCACGGCGCCGCCGUUGUCGAGUGCUCUUGGGCCCGUACCCAAGAAGUCCGGUGGAGCAAGGUCGGCGGGAAAUGCGAAAGGUUGUUACCCUAUCUCGUCGCCGCGAAUACCGUCAACUACGGAAAGCCGUGGAGGCUGAAUUGCGCCGAAGCCCUCGCUGCCGCUUUUUACAUCUGCGGACAUGCCGACUGGGCAGAGCAGAUUCUGGCUCCCUUCUCGUACGGACAGUCUUUCCUGCGUAUCAAUGCGAGCAUACUCAAGCGGUACGCGGCGUGCCAAGACGCUGCCGAAGUAAAAAAGACAGAGGCAGAAUGGAUGCAGAGGUUAGAGCGGGAGUACGCAGAGAGCAGGGAACAAGGCCACGGCGACAUGUGGACCGCCGGUAAUACCAACCACAUGAGCAUGCCUCCCUCCGACGAAGACGACGACGACGACGACGACGACGAUGACGACGACGCCGAAGAGGGUUGUGGCGAUGCAGUAUCAGAUGGCGACGACAGCAUGGAUGGCAUAUACCUGGGCAAGAGGCCGUUUGAUCUCAAGGCCGGCGAGAUUCCCGCAAACUUGCAAGACGAGCCAGCCAAAAGAGACAAGGACCCCUUUGACAUUACAGACAGCAGCGACGAGGACGACGCUGCCAUGGAAGAGAUCCGGCGCAGGGUCCUUGCCUCUAAACCCUUUAGCAAUCCAAACCCCGGCUCGGAAGAGAGGAAGAAGCCCGCGUCGAUACCGCGACCUCUGCAACAGCAUCAAUAUCAAGUCGACCUCGAUAUGCAGCCCGACUCGGAUAACGAGAGAAGCGACGACAACCAAGAUGGGAGUGAUGCAGACGAGGAUGACGAUGAAUUUGAUGAUAUCAUCGAAGCCACGCCCGUCACUGACAAGAUUGGCUUAGCAAAGCUCGAAAAGGAGCGGAGACAGGCAACCACCACGACGAGGAGUUUCUCGUCGACUUCUGUGUCCGCACCGAGUAGAUGGUAA